AUAACAUUGUAAGUGGUUGUAGAUACGUAGGUAUAGCAACACGUUGUUUUUUGUAAUCACGAAUGCUCCCGGUUGUCGGUUGAUUUUCAGUGUCACGAGAUUCGAGUUAAUUUGGCAGUUGUGGUUUUGUGUGUUUAAAUUUAGGAAUUUUUCUCAAAUUAAGAUGUUUCGUGAAAUAAUUGGUCUACCGUUAUUUUUAUUUAUAGCUUUGGUUCAUCACGAUGAUGCUCUGGAUAUAAGUGUGACCAUACAACAGGGUACUCUUCGUGGAGGUAUUCAUCUAUCGAGAAAUAACUCCGAGUAUUAUGGGUUUUUGGGCAUACCUUUUGCCAAGCCUCCAGUCGGAGAUCUUCGUUUCGAGCCUCCUCAACCUCCGGAAGCAUGGAAUGGUGUACGAGAUGCCACAUUACCUCCUCCAAUCUGUAUUCAAAAAGAGAUUUUCACCUACGACGACCAUUUGAGAGAAAUUGUUGGACAAGAAGAUUGCUUAUAUUUGAAUUUAUUCGUACCUAAAGCGAAAAAAAUGCAUCCACUGCCUGUGAUGGUUUACAUGCAUGGAGGCGGUUUCGUUGUUGGUGGAGCUGAUUUUUACGAAGCUACCUAUUUUAUGGAUCACGACGUUAUUAUAAUUGUAAUACAAUAUCGAUUGAAUAUAUUGGGAUUUUUAAGUACCGGAGAUGAUGUGGUGCCAGGAAACAAUGGAAUGAAAGAUCAGGUAAUGGCUUUGAAGUGGAUACAAAAAAAUAUCGCUGAUUUUGGAGGUAAUCCAAAUCAAGUAACCAUAUUUGGAGAAAGUGCUGGCGCUGGAAGUGUCCAUUAUCACAUGCAUUCGCCAUUGAGUAAAGGAUUAUUCCAUCGUGCCAUCAGUCAAAGUGGAUCUUCCUUAGCAUCUUGGGCCAUGCAGAGUCGAAAAUUAGCUCGCCAGCGAGCGCAUGCCUUAGGUAUCAUAACGUACUGCCCUAUAACGAGCAGUCAAAAUUUGGUGAACUGUUUAAGAAAGAUUCCAGCUCGUGAGAUAGUCAUCGCUCAUAAUAAAUUCUACGCUUGGGACGCCGAACCGACUGUCCCGUUUUCUGUAGUUGCCGAACCAAGUACCGUUAAAGAAGCUUUCAUAUAUCAAAGUCCCUGGCAUCAAGAUACAGUCAAUAAUGUGCCUUGGAUGGUAGGAAUGACCUCCGCCGAAGGAAUAGUUAAAGCUGCAAGAUACUUACACGAAAAUGGAACCAAAGCAAAAUAUUUGAAUGCUCAUUAUAAACGUUUACUACCUAUCGCUUUCUAUUACGGAUCUUAUAUAGAAGAUCGUGAAAAAGUUGACCAAAUUACCGAAUCUAUCAAAAAGUUUUACUUUGGCGAUAAAAAUAUCGGUAUGGAAACCGCCAAAGAACUGAUUCAAUUGUACAGCGACGGUUACUUCACUUACUCGGUAUUAGAAGCCGCACGACGGUACAAAGGUCCCGUAUACUUUUACUAUUACGAUCAUCGUAAUAAGAGAACAUUUACUGAAAUUUUUGGCCAAAUUGCCGGCGACCUUGGCGUCUGUCACGUUGACGAUCUUAUCAGUUUAUUCCCUUUGAACGGGUUCGUUCCAAAAAUCACCGAAGGUGAUGAUCUCAAAGUAUCCGAAAGAUUAGUCAAAUACUGGGUGAAUUUCGCAGCUAGUGGAAAUCCAAAUGGCGAUGAUGCCUUAUGGGCUCCAGUCCCAGUGUCGAAGGAUUUCGAGUAUCUUCACAUAACCACGAAUCAAGAUCAAGUGAAGACUGGUCUAUUAUUAGACAGUUACGAGUUUUGGAAAAGUUUGAACGUAAUUCCUCCUCCGGAAGAUGUGAAAGUUUCAUCAACCAAAUAUGUUAACGAGUUUUAAUAAACGCAAUACGAGUA